AGAAUACACACAGGAGAGAAAUCUUAUAGCUGUGAUCAAUGUGGGAAGAGUUUUACUGGAUCUAGCAAUCUGACUGUACACCAGAGAACACACACAGGAGAGAAAUCUUAUAGCUGUGAUCAAUGUGGGAAGAGUUUUGGUCAAUCUAGCACUCUGACUCUACACCAGAGAAUACACACAGGAGAGAAACCAUAUAGCUGUGAUCAAUGUGGGAAGAGUUUUACUACAUCUGGCCAGCUGACAUUACACCAGAGAACACACACAGGAGAGAAACCUUAUAGCUGUGGUCAAUGUGGGAAGAGUUUUACUCAGUCAACCAGCCUUAUAUCACACCAGAGAACACACACAGGGGAGAAACCUUAUAACUGUGGUCAAUGUGGGAAGAGUUGCACAUCUUCAUCAGAACUUAAAAUACACCAGAGAACACACACAGGAGAGAAACCUUAUAGCUGUGAUCAAUGUGGGAUGAGUUUUACUACAUCAAGCCAUCUGAUUCGACACCAGAGAACACACACAGGAGAGAAACCUUAUAGCUGUGAUCAAUGUGAGAAGAGUUUUACUACAUCUUGCUAUCUGACUGUACACCAGAGAAUACACACAGGAGAGAAGCCUUAUAUCUGUGAUCAAUGUGGGAAGAGUUUUCCUACAUCUAGCCAGCUGACUUCACACCAGAGAACACACACAGGAGAGAAACCUUAUAGCUGUGAUCAAUGUGGGAUGAGUUUUACUACAUCAAGCCAUCUGAUUCGACACCAGAGAACACACACAGGAGAGAAACCUUAUAGUUGUAAUCAUUGUGAGAAGAGGUUUCCUUCAUCUAGCCAGCUGACUUCACACCAGAGAACACACACAGGAGAGAAACCUCAUAGCUGUGAUCAAUGUGGGAAGAGAUACUCUGAUAAAAGGUGUCUGAUCAAACAUCAGAAAAUACAUACAUGAAGAAGUUGUUUCAUGAUAUCAAUGAAAUAAUGUCACAAUGUAGUAUGUUUUAACAUUGUAGUAGGAGUAUUUUAAUGAUGUCACAAUGUAGAAUGUUUUAACAUUGUAGUAGGAGUAUUUUAACCUGUUAGGGGUGCAGCCCGACGUCGGUACACUUAUGACAACAUCCAGCUCAAAGUGCAGGGUGCGAAAUUCAAAAGAUAUUUUUUUUUAAAUAUUUAACUUUCACACAUUAACAAGUCCAAGACACCAGAUGAAAGGUGCACAUCUUGUGAAUCAAGCCAACAUGUCCGAUUUUUAAAAUGUUUUACAGGGAAGACACAAUAUGUAAAUCUAUUAGCUAACCACGUUAGCAAAAGACACCACUUUUCUUACUCCAUCAGUUUUUUACUCCAUCAGGUGCUAUCACAAAUUCGGCCAAAUAAAGAUAAAAAUAGCCACUAACCAAGAAACAACCUCAUCAGAUGACAAUCUGAUAACAUAUUUAUUGUAUAGCAUAUGUUUUUUUUCUAAAUUUUUGCAUAUUUCAGGUAUAAUUCAUAGUUUACAUUUCAGCUACAAUCAGAAAUUGCACCGAAAGCAGCCAUAAUAUUUACAGACACCAACGUCAAAUACCUAAUUACUCAUCAUAAAACAUUUCUGAAAAUACAUAGUGUACAGCAAUUGAAAGACAGGCAUCUUGUGAUUCUAGACAAUUUCCGAUUUAUUAAAUGUUUUACAGCGCAAACAAAAUGUAGCGUGAUAUUAGCAUAGCAGCAAUAGCAAGAAAAACUUGGGCGCCCACGACCAGUCAACAUGCACGACAGAUAUAUGAAAUAACAUCAUAAAUUGUCUCUUACUUUUGCUGAUCUUUCAUUAGAAUGUUGAACAAGGUGUCCUCUGUCCAGAUGAGUCGUUGUUUGGAUUCAGAAUGGCAAAUUUCCCUCUUCACUUAGCAUUGGCACUUGCCAAGUGACACGGAUUACUCCAAAGUCAACAAAGUUAGAAAACGGAACACGGCAAAACUCCCAAAAAAGUUUCAAUAAUCCGAUUAAACUAUAUUGAAAAAACAUACGUUACGAUGAUAUGGGGACAUGUAUCAAAUCAAAUCUAAGACGGAGAUGUUCGUCUUUCAUAACCACAGCUAAACAUAAGCCAUAUCCGUGUCCUCUUUCGCGCGCUCCAGAAACAGGAUAUGGACGGUCACGUCAAACAAAGAUCUUUUAUUCCACCUCAGACCAAGGUAGACACGAAAUUUCUUCUCUCACUGCAUCUUGACAACCAGGGGAAGGCGUAGGAAGUGUUUGUAGACUCCUACGUCACACGCCCAUGUAUAGGCAUGAGGUUGAACAGAGCAUAGAUUUCUGACAUUUCACUUCCUGGUCAGGAAAAGGUGCUGCAGAAGGAUUUCUGUUUCACUCAGAGAAAUAAUUCAAACGUUUUUAGAAACUAGAGAGUGUUUUCUAUCCAAUAUUAAUAAUAAUAUCCAUAUUGUACGAGCAAUAAUUGAGUAGGAGGCCGUUUGAAAUGGGCACGAUUUCACUGGCUACUCAACACUUUCCCUUGCAGCCAGAAGAAGUUUUUAAUGAUGUCACAAUAUAGAAUGUUUUAACAUUGUAGAAGGAGUAUUUUAAUGAUGUACUACCUUAUCGUUUGACCUGUUCAAUUGAUUGCAGCAUAAUAUGGAUAUUAGCCUCAGGGGAAAUCUAGGCUCUGAAUUGAAAGAGUAUUAUUUAACAAAAAGUGACAAACAAAAAAAGAGCUGUGUUACACUUACUGCGUUGGUGACCCACUUUAAUCAAAAUGCAGCACUUCAAAAUGUAGCUAGCUGUUUUCUACAAGUUGAAAAAGCUGCUUGUUUAAAAAAAUACAUGUAAUAUGAUAAUUGUUGCAGAUGUUUGUGUAUAUACACACAUGAAAGCAGUAUAAUAAUUUGGUCUAUAAUCAAUUUUAUUAACAAUCUGACAUCACUCCAGUAUUUCUUGACAACAUUCAAAUGCUAAUUGUCUUUAUUCCACUACUGAAGAAGCAUGACUCAAAUCACCUCAUAUUUCAAACAUCCAGCCUGACAAAAGAUAAGUUUUAUUUUUCCAUGCCUCACCAUUAAGUGAAGUAUUGCCAAUACAUAUUAACAAAGGGGUGUACAUUUGGUUUUGAUUUUCAUAUUUACAAUUUAUGUAACAUUUAGUAAUCAUAAUUAUUUAUGCAACCAGCUGACCAUUUUUGGGUACAAUUAUAUUGACAAUGUUGCCCUGCUUUUAGAAUAUCAGGGUUCAUUCUCAGAUGUGCUAACCCAAAUGCAUGACAUUGGGGACUGGGCCCGAUCCAACAACAUGCCUAUUGAGUGAACCCUGAAAAGAGAGAGAGAAGUAAGGUGGAAAGUUACCACGGAUAUUGCAGGAGUUGGUUGCUGAAUGUCUUAAGGGUGGGCAGUCAACAAGUUUUGCGUUUAGCCAGUGCGUUGCCAUGGAUCACAAUAGCUCGUUCCAAGGGGACGAGAGUUCUAGAAGUGAGUGGGUUUUAGGAUUCUUUUGAAAGAAAAAGGAUUUAAAAAAUAAUACUAUUGUAUAUUAUAAUUUAGAAAUAUGUGUUUUUUCUUGUUUUUAAUUGUUGACAGCCAGUAGACACCAUGUUUAUAUUGUAGAAGCAUUGUAGUUGAUUAUGUGAAAUGAAGUUGUUUUCUGUUGGGGGUGAGCAAACAUGUCCAACGAAAAUAUAGGAUAUAUUUGUUGUCUACAGGGGGGAAGGUGUUACAGGCUUUGGUUUUUCCAUUUAUGUUUUGAGGUUGGACUUUAGCACGUAUAGCUCGUUAGCACGUAGGGUGCACUGAUUGGUGUCACCUCGUUAGUCAGUAUGUGUUACACCUGUGCUGGCUUGUCCAUCUCGUUAGUGGGAAGGUGUUUCACCUGAGCUGGUCCAGGUUCUAUUUAAGAGUGUCUGGCCCAGUGCUCCAGUUGUCUUGAUAGAUGUGGAGAGUCAACACCUUUAGUUGCUCCACCUUUUUGGUUUGCUUCCUGUCUUUAAGUUUGGUGUGGGUUUUUUCUUUUGUUUGCCUCUUGGGCAGAUUUAGUGGGUCUCAUGGUGGGUGUCUUUUAGGUCCCAGUUGUUGUUACUAGUCAACUUUCAGUGGACACAGAGCAAAACUGCAACAUUAUGUUAUAAUACUUUUAUUGGAUCAAAUGGUUGUUUUAUGCAACAGAAUAGAAGGCUCUUAGAACUAUUGUCUGUGUUCUACUGAGGAUGGGCCUCUGGGAGAAAACACUGACAGGAGAUUUACAAUGUCUUUUGGGUGAUAAAAGCUAAAGAGACCACAUUCCAGAGCAUGAGUUAAUGUUUCUGUUCUAUAUGGUACCAGGGAGAGAUGACCCCAGGGCCAGACCCUGGUCUCUACACAAAGAGGACUGUUUUUACAGUAGAUACUGUCUGCUGAGAAUUAUAGGUAUCUUUCAUACAAAUCUUAACCUUGUGACCCGUUCUAUACGUCUGUUGUUCGUUAUGUAGGUUGAAAGGGGUGUAUCUUGGCUAUAAAAGACCUUUGUACUUUCGUCCUGUGGGUUGACCAGCCAUUAUUAUCGUAGAGCAUUCAAUUGAUUCACUUUA